ACCCAUUACCCAUUACCCAUCAUAUUCUUUUUUUUUUGUAAUAUUCCUUGUUUAAUAGAAGCAGCAUAUUAUUUAAACCGUAUUCUAUCCUUACAUUUAGCUCUAUUAUCUACUCAAUCAUAAUAUUAACGACAGUAAUCUUCUGUUAUGGGUAAAAGAAAGAGCGCUCGCAAGCCCCAGGCAAAGGUUAAGAAAGUGCUAGACAGUCAAUUCGAUUGUGUCGCUUGCUUCCACGAAAAAUCCAUCAAUUGCAAGCUCGAUUUCGACCAGAAAGUCGGCCAUCUUCAGUGCCGUAUGUGUGGGGUUAACUAUUCCUGUGCUAUCAAUUAUUUAAGCCAUGCUGUCGAUGUUUAUCAUGACUGGAUCGACGCUUGUGAGGCUGUAAAUGCCGCUGGAAAGGCAGCUAAGACAGCAGCACAGGACCGCAAUCGGGAAAGGGAAAGGGAAAGGGAGAGGGGAAGAGAUAGGGAUGACAGGGAUGAUGACAGGCCUCGGAGAAGCAAGCCCUAUGACCGUUUUGACAACGAUGAUGACUAAGAAGACUUGUAGGAACAAGAGAGACAAUAUUGAAAGUGCAAAGAUUUUUAUGUUUGAUUCUCAACUCAUCCUUUGAUGAUCAUCCUACUCAUUUGUUUCCAUAGCGUCUUUUAUGUGUAUGGAUUCGAAAACUAUGUUAAAUGGUUAUCAUCCUUUUUUUGUAAAAUAUCCCACAACAAAUAAAAAUAUCCAAUAUGUAGACAUGAUGACGAUUG